CCCCGGCCCACAGAUAGCAUUAGCUGCCGGGUCGCCUUCAGUCGCUGUCAUCAGAAGACCCGCUCGUACGUUCGCUUUUGGUUAAAACAAUUAAAUGGUUACAUUUGAGUACAAAUAUUUUUAGGCGAAAAACCCGCCUGGCGUUUGCUGACUAUCCCACACUCGAGCUGCCAUCAUGGGCGAGGUGGAGCUCUCCUGCCGGGCCUAUGUGAAGAUGUACCUGCACGCCUGCUUGUUCCCCCGGUGCAGCGUCAACGGGCUGCUGCUCUCCUCCAGCCCGGCAGGGGGCGACGUGUGCGUGACUGACUGUGUGCCCCUGCUGCACUCUCACCUGUCUCUGGCGCCCAUCACUCAGCUGGCUCUAACUCAGGUGGACGUGUGGUGCUCUCAAACCCAGCAGAGGAUUGUGGGAUACUACCAAGCCAAUGCCUGCGCAUCAGACAGCAGUCCAACACAGGGAGCCACGAAAAUAGCAGAUAAGAUCGCAGAGCAGUUUGAUGGUGCAGUUUUAUUGAUGCUCGAUGGCAGUAAGAUGUCACCAGACUUUCGGGUCCCUCCCAUCGUGAUGUACGAGCGCAAAGACUCCAGAUGGACGCUCAAAGACAAACACAUGAUCAUGCUGAGGCAAUGGGAGGAGACCCGAGCCAUCGCCAGCCAGAUGCUGGAGUCGGGCGACCACGCGCUCCUGGUGGAUUUCGACAGCCACCUGGACGACAUCACCAGAGACUGGACCAACCAGAGAGUCAACGCCAAGAUCGCCGAGCUGGCGUCGCCGGCCAACGGCAACAUCUAAGACUGUAGACUUCUCCAACCUCAAACCACAUCAGAGUUUAUAGAUGGUUUUAUUGCUGGUUUUCCCCGUGUACACUACAAGCAAACAGUAAAAGUGUAACUCGUGCUGCCCUGAGGACGCACUUAAAGCUGCGCACGCACACACACACACUGGUUAGGACAGCAACGC